CAAUCAAUAAAAGACACCCUAAUAAAUAAUAUAUAAGAAGAAGAAGGGGAAGGAAAAAAACCCUAAUUUCCCCCAACCAGCCAUGGAUCUCUCCUCCCCCCUCCUCCGGAGCCUGAAGCUGAAAACGAAGCAGCAGGAGCUCCUCCUCCGCGCCUCCAUCCUCGCCGUCGUCUACAUCCUCGCCUUCGCCGUCCGCCUCUAUUCCGUCCUCCGCUACGAGUCCAUGAUCCACGAGUUCGACCCUACUUCAACUACCGGAGCCACCCUCUUCCUCACCGAGAAGCUUCUACGAGUUUGGAACUGGUUCGACUCCGAGUUGUACCCCCUCGGCCGCAUCAUCGCGGGCAACCCUCUAACCCCGGCCUCAUGGUCACGCGCUGCCGCGAUCUACUCCGCCCUCCGGUUCCUCCGCCUCUUCGUCCACAUCCGGGAGGUCUGCGUGCUGACCGCCCCCUUCUUCGCCUCCAACACCACCGUCGUCGCCUACUUCUUCGGGAAGGAGAUCUGGGACACCGGCGCAGGGCUCGUCGCCGCCGCGCUGAUAGCCGUCUGCCCGGGCUACAUUUCCAGGUCCGUGGCGGGGUCCUACGACAACGAGGGGGUGGCGAUAUUCGCGCUCCUUGCUGACCUUCUACCUGUGUUCGUGAAGGCCGUGCCAGCGGGUCCAUUGUGGAGCCUGGCCGCGGCGUUCGGGUACUUUUACAUGUCGGCGUGGGGAGGGUACGUGUUCAUCAUCAACCUGCUGCCGCUCUAACGUGCUGGUGCUGCUGUGACGGGGAGGUACUGAUGAGGCUUAGUAGCGUACGCGUACUGCUGGCACUACGUCAUCCGGGAUGCUGCCUCGCCAAUCGGGCAGAUACCGGGUUUGUUGGGUUUGCAGCACGUGCAGUCCGGGGAGCAUAUUGGCGGCCAUGGGCGUGUUUUCUUGAUGCAGGUAUUUUACUUCCUGGACUGGGUGAAAUAUAUGUUAAGUGACACUAAACUGUUUCAGUCCUUUUUGAGAAUAACUUUAACAUGUGCAAUAAGUGUUGGCAUUCUUGCUCUUGGAGUUGGCACAGCAACUGGGUAUAUAUCUCCUUGGACCGGACGAUUUUAUUCCUUGCUUGAUCCAACAUAUGCCAAGGACCAUAUCCCCAUCAUUGCGUCGGUUUCUGAGCAUCAACCAACGGCAUGGUCAUCCUUUAUGUUUGACUACCAUAUUCUCCUUUUCCUUUUCCCAGCAGGCCUCUACUUCUGCUUUAAGCGUUUGUCCGAUGCUACAAUAUUCAUAGUCAUGUAUGGCCUUACAAGCUUGUAUUUUGCUGGUGUGAUGGUCCGUCUUAUUCUUGUAGCUACACCAGCUGUUUGCCUCAUUAGUGCAAUUGCAGUAUCAGCUACUGUGAGGAAUUUAACAUCUCUAGUGCGGGUGAAGAGCAAAGCUCUCCAGGGUGCUUCCAGCAAAGGUUCAGCUAGCUUGAAAGCAUCAGCUAAGGCAGCAGCACAGGAUCAGUCUCUACCUUACCAGAGAAACGUUGCUAUGGUUCUGCUGGUUGGAGCUCUAUAUUGGUUUAGUAGAUAUGUUGUACACUGCACCUGGGUCACAUCUGAGGCAUAUUCUUCUCCAUCUAUUGUCUUGGCUGCAAGGGGUGCUCGGGGUGACAGGGUCAUUUUUGACGAUUACCGUGAAGCAUAUUAUUGGCUUCGUCAAAAUACUCCUCAAGAUGCUAAAAUCAUGUCCUGGUGGGAUUACGGAUACCAGAUCACUGCCAUGGGAAACAGAACUGUGAUUGUAGACAAUAAUACAUGGAAUAAUACACAUAUUGCUACUGUUGGGCGGGCGAUGUCAUCAUAUGAAGAUGAGGCAUAUGAGAUUAUGCGGUCACUGGAUGUGGAUUACGUUCUUGUUGUAUUUGGAGGUGUCACAGGUUAUUCUUCCGAUGAUAUUAACAAAUUUCUUUGGAUGGUACGGAUUGGUGGUGGAGUCUUCCCUGUAAUAAAGGAACCAGAUUAUCUUGUUAAUGGCGAGUAUCGGGUUGAUAAAGGCGCGGCGCCCAAAAUGCUGAACUGCCUCAUGUAUAAACUUUCUUACUACCGGUUUGGGGAGCUUACAACAGAGUAUGGGAAGCCCCCUGGCUAUGAUCGAGCAAGAGGAGUGGAAAUCGGUAACAAGGAUGUGAAGCUUGAGCACUUAGAAGAGGCCUUAACAACUUCAAACUGGAUAGUUCGGAUUUACAAAGUGAAACCUCCCAGCAACAGGUGGUGAUAACUUAAUGUCUCUAUUUAUCUUAGUCUUUUUUUCGAGGCUUUUAAGUUAGCUAUGAUGCCCGUGCUUGUGAAGAUUAAAAGGUUAAAACCCCACGAAAAUGGGCGUAUGUUUGGGGAAACAGUUUUGCUGAGAGUGCUUUUCUAGAUUAAAAUCUUGCUUUUAGAUGGAGAUUUUAAUUUAAGUGGGUAUGAGAAUUUUACUGUUCGAGAAUUUUAUUGUCGGAGAUGUUUGAUCUUUCGAGCAAUACCUGAGUACAUCAGUGGUUAGCAAUGUGAUAUGCUUGUGUUUUUGUGCAUGAGGGCUGAUCGCCAGUAUUCUGUAGCCUUCUGCAGAUUUUUUUUUCCGCUCCUUCAAUGAUCAAUAGAUACUUCUUGCGAA